AUGUUUAAUUCCUCAAGUUCAGAUUAUGAUAUGAUUGGUGCCAAAUUCUUUUUAAGUACUCAUGGGAAACUUUAUUAUAAUGAACUCAGAGCCCCACAUAUUGAGAUUAAUAAAAAUGAUCCAGCCACUUUACUUAUCAACAACGUCAGGACAGAAGAUGAAGGAACAUACAAGAUUGAGUACAUUGUAGAGGUCGACGGGACUGUUCUUGCUGAUCAUGAAGUAAAUGUUACAGUUUUAGGUAAAGUGCAAGUUAGAGACUACUUUUAGGGUAAAUAUUAAGUAAAUAUUAAUAUUAAGCAUGGGAAAAUUCAUUUUCAGUAACUAUAACCAUGGCGAGGGGGUGUGGCUCGUAAUUGACGCGUCUAACCUCUUAAGUGCAUUUGAAUCAGUUUUGUAUGGGAUUCAGACCUCUCCUCUGUCACAUUAGGCAAAAAAAAGGGACUUACAAUGAAUUUCUGUUACAGUAAACCGUGCAAAAUAGUUAACUUAACAUAUAUUUGAAAGCUAGCCAGGAAAACUGAGUUGGGGGCAUGUGAGGUAGAGCAUCACUGGUAAACUUUUCGGGUUCAUUAAGCAAAAAGCAUCUUCUUUCAUCGUUUGACGUUUUUCCGCUGGCUUUUCUUUCCUUUUAAAAUGUUCCUAUGAGAAAUUUUCCCUUAUUCUGAGAUAUGGCUCCAUGAAAAUUAAAAGAAGACGAGAUUUGCUGUUCCAAAGCACUUUAUGGGGAAGGUUUAACAAUAGGUUAACCUCGUUCAGCAGACUUAUUUUUUCUUUGCCGGCGUUCAAAGAUGUCUGAACAAGACAGUCAGUUGAAAAUAAAAUUCCUAUUGAACACAAUCCACAGAUUGUGAAAGCAGGUGGAACAAAAAGCUGUGUUGCUUAGUCGUAUUAACAGGAAGUUUUUACGAAUUUCUUUUGGUGACAUAGGAAAUUGGUUGUAAUUGAGGAAUAAACUUUUUCGCUUAAUUAAAAAACAUAUUAUUUUGAAGAGCACCCUGAGAUUGUGACUGCUGGGAACCAAGAUGUUUGUGAAGGCUCCAUGGUUACUUUGAUUUGCAAUGCAACUGGUAAACCGACAUCAAAUAUUACGUGGACUAGAGUGUGGAAAAAUAGCACUGACAGUGGAGAACUGCCGUCUUUAGAUGGGUAUUAUGUCAUACGCAAUAUCGACAGAAGCUCCAGUGGAACAUACCGCUGUACAGCUUUCAGUGGAGCUGGGAAUCCUGUCAAUCAGACAAUGGAGGUGAUUGUAGGAAGUAAGGUCAUAUUCUUACAUGUGCUCAUUUGUGAAAGUUUCUUUAAUGAAGAGAUCCCUAAUUUAGUAGAAUGAUUAUCUUCAUUUAUUCGAUCGUCUAAUUUCACUUAAAGUAUCAAUACUGUGAUUUUUAAAUAAACGCGAAUACUGUGAUUUUGGCGGAUGUGGUGUGUUUUCACCUGGAUCAUUCAGACAAACAAUCGUUAUUUUGAAAAUAAAUUAGAUAGUAGCUUAUUAAUUAACAAUUAGUCGCCGAAGGCGAAGUGAGCAUUAUUGAAUAAUCCUUAAGACGAAGUCAAGGUUUAUACAGGAGAUUAAAGUUUCUUGUUCAACAACAUUUAAGGAGCCUGAGACGAAUAAUCGUUUUAUUGUAAAUGCUCAGGUGCUUUUGAAAUCUGUUGUAAAUUUGUGUUGUAGUUGAAACCAUUUUGUUACAAUUGUUUUCAUUACUCGCAUCAAGAUAAGAAACCAGUCUCCAGAAUAAUUUAACAGUUUUCGUUAAUUCAAUCAGCAAAAACUUACCUUUCUUUUGAUAAGCGUUAUACCAAACUUAACAGCAUCUUUUGUGCGCUGCGUUUAUCAGCUCUUCAGUAGCAUUAUAAUAAUAUGACAGAGAUAAUACGAAUUUAUAUAGCGCUAUUUAGCUAACACUACGGUAAGGAUUAGAACCUAAAAUUACUAAGAAAUUUGAAAAGCUAAAAAAGUAUAACUGCAUUUAUUUAAUAUAAAAGUUGACAGUGAUAAGCUACUUUAAGAAGAUAAUUCUCUUAAUUAUUCUUAAAAGUAGCUAUUGAUGGAGCUUUUCGAAUGGUAUGAGGCAAUUCAUUCCACAGCCUUGACGCUGCAGUACAGAUCGGCGGCACAGUGAGCAGUUCUCAGCCACAGGAACUUGAAUACCUAUGGAUACUUCGAUGGCUCAGCAGACUAGAAAUAUAAGACGAUGCUGUGCCAUUGAGACCUUUAUAACUAUUAAAAAAGGCUUUAAAACGAUACGGAAUUUGACUGGUAACCAGUGUAGCUUAAAUAUAAUUGGGGUCAUAGAAUCAUAUUUCCUUGUUAGCGAUUAUUCAGAAUACCGUGUUUCCUCGAAUAAGCGCUCGGUCACUUAUCUAAAACAAGGGUGUGUAAUCGAGGAGGACUCUUAUUCAUGCUUUUUCAGUUAUCCCAAUAACUUUAUUAUCGUCUACGAAGACUAUGGAAAUUCCUGGGGGGGGGAGGGGGGAGGAACGCGCCUAUUUGAGGCGCGCGCUUAUUGGAGGAAAUACAGAUCACAUUUAGUCGAAGCUCCAGUCCAAAGAUUUCAGAAGUUUUCUCUUUCGGUGCGUCGUUUGGCGUCAGUCUUCUCAGUGCAUUUAGAGUUAAGUUUAGCUAUUGCAUCUCUAUUUUUUGUCUGUUUCUUUAAGUCCCAGCUGCCACGGAACGGGUACAAAAUGUAACAGUCAAGGAAGGCAAAAAUGUCGCAAUGGAGUGCAAGGUCACCACAGGAUCUCCUCCCUUAACUGUUUUUUGGGAGAAUGCUAAAAGUGGUCAGGUCAUGGUAGGAAAGCUGCUGAACAUCACUCGCGUCACAAGAUAUCAAACAGAGUACAGAUGCAUUGUAAAUAACACUUGUGGAAGUGAUUCUUCAACUAUGUUCAUUGAUGUACAGUGUAAGAACACAUCCUCUACAUGAUUGUUUUUCACUAAGAGCGAAGCGAGUAAUGCUGUCUUUUUUUUUGUAAUUGACCCUACAACUAAAAGCGAUUUACCGCUGGCUAUAAGUUUUCCAGUGUUAAACUAUAAGCACAUACGUACAUAAUAAUUUAGCCAGCUGGUCAUGAGAGUGCAUUGGGUAAAAGAAAGGAGUUGAAGAGUACUUCCCGUGACGAAGCGAGAAAUUGUAGUAUAUAGCGUCUCAAAUAUAUCCGUUAAAUGAUUAAGGAGACGACAAGGACCAGGAUUUGAGAGCUCUUUGUCUCAGUCCCUUCUCAUUUUUGUCUUUUCCAUCCUUAGUAUUCCUAGUUUUCUUAUCCUUAAUAUUCUCUCCUACGUAAAUCGUGUUUCUAGCUAUUCUCUGAGGUGCGUGCAUGUAUGACCUACGAAGUGUUGAUAUAGAUAAUCGUGAUAUUGUUGUUAAAUGUGACAAUGUGUUUCUAUUGUCAAUUUUUUGGGGGUACGAUGAACCAGCCUGUAAUUAAAACCAUGUUAUUUAGGUUAGCAGAUUUGCUAAAAGAAACAUCACUUUGCAAAGAUACAAACAACACCAGGGCAGAUUAAUUGCUAUUCUUUCGUAAAUGUUCCUAUAGUUUGCUCUACAUACUUAUUGGCUUUAAGAAUCGAAGUUCAGUAGCCCCUGUGAUAUUCGUAUCCAUUGAGAUUGAAAUUCUUUCCCUUACCUUUUUGUAUCUAGAUAAACCAUCAGCCACCCGGUCAAGCUCCACCAUUGAAUUGGAGUUAGGAGAAGACAGGUCUAUUGGUUGCCCUGUGGAUAGUGGAAACCCCCCAGCUGAUAUCACGUGGUACAAAGGAAAUGAUACCAGCGGCAAAAAAGUUACUAAUUGCUCAACCCUGGAGGUUCAGAAUGUUGCUUUGAGAAACAAAGGAUGGUAUACCUGUUUUGCAAAAAAUGAACUAGGAAAUACAACCGUGAACUUGUUGCUAAUGGUUGGUAAGUUGAAAAGGUUUAAGUACGUUUUCCAAUAAAUCAUUUAAGAACUGGUUCUUGCUUAGCGUGUGUAUAUAAAGUUAUGGAUGUACGCGGGAAGUCUGGAGAGCACUAGAGAAGCGUAAGAGUGUUAUUUUUCCACAUUUUUAUUUCAUUAAGAAAGGGCAGAUAUCCGUUUUAACUUUCUUACUCGAUGUAUACGUUGGUUGUAUAAUAUUCUCAUAGAUGGAAGUCUAUUAUUAAUGAAUAAUUUCCAUCUAGCCAAAAAUUUCUCUUCUGCAUUGUAUUGAAUUGCACUGUAUCGUGCAGUCUUCUAUCACAAGUUGACAGAUCCCUUAAUAAAUAAAUAUUUGAGUUGAAACUUCGCUCACGGCUAGUUCAGAUGCGCUAUUUUGCAAUGAUUAACAUAUAAUUUAAUAUAUCGCAUACUUCAUCCAAUUUACCUAUUGAUAUAUCCUGUGAAGUGAUUUCGACAUUUCUACCAGAGGGAGAUAUUUCCUUACUGUCGAAGGCUUCAUUAAAAGUUUAUUUUUCCUCCAUUUUGUGAUCUUAGAUCAUCAGAAAGUUUUAAUGUGUUUGGAUUUUGUAGGAAGCUUUUGGCCUUCUUCUAUACAGCCUACUAUAAAAAAUGCCUUUCGACAUUCAUUAUCUCGUACGGAUCAGUUAAAAGCAGGUCGCUGAUAUAUAGCUUUCUCACACGUUUAAGAGGUUAUGACGUGCUUCGAAAUUAAGGAAAUAAUUACUGCUCUUUUCACCAUAUUUGUGCCAUCUUGCUCUUAAGAGGAUAACGAUUCCCACUACUGUUUUUUCGUAUAGUUUUUCGAGUUUAUUUUUGACUUUUCUCAGUUUCAUUUCAUGUGGUAUUGAGAGGGUUUUCUUAAAAUUCACGUAAGGCCUCUUACUUAGAGGUACGUUCUUCCUCUCGCCCUCUACGAUCUCGAAAUGAUUUUUUUAAAAGUAAAUAAUAGAGCUUGUUUUAAUUUUGAGUUUCAGCCAAUCCCAUUUUGUCCUAUUAUCUAACUAAUAAAAUACAUAAAAAUAUUUCAGUUCUAAAUGCAGUUUUCAGGUAAUUCAAUGCAGAUGAGGGUUAAUUCAGUGCAAAGAGGUAACAAACCAGACUGAACAAUUCCUUGAACUGUUUAACCCGACUUUGAACUUUUUUGCGCCUUAAAGAUGUGAAAAUAUCAUUGUACACUAUUGUUUUGAUCGUACGCGGUUUUUUGACCGAACGCACAAUGACCUUGCAGGGUUUAAAUAAAUUAUUUUUGCACUUGAUGCGCGCGCUUUGCUUCUGCAUAAAUAUGAUAAGCUAUCUCGUAUUUUAAAUAUAUAUUACCAUUACGUAAUCGCAUGAUUUUUCUCGUGCAAUUUGUAAUAAAUAAGCACUUGUAAAUUUUUUUAAAAAAUUUCGUAAAAUUUACUCGUGCAUAUAUAUAUUUCAAAUUGCACUCGAAAUCAUAUGAUUAUUUAUACAUGUCUUUUACACUAUCUAACUAAUUUGGUAAUUCAUUGAAAAUAAUAAUAAUAAUCAUGACAAAAGUAACAAUGAUAAUAGUUAUGAUAACUGGUUUAUAAUGUAUAGUUUGUCUUAACAGCAUCCCGAAACCACUUACGAAAAAAUUGAACAUCUCUUGUCGAUCAUUAAAAGCCUUAUUUGAUUUUUCCACAGUUAAGCCAGCAUCAAGUACAGUUGCCACUUUAUCCCAAACAACUCCCACAGGUAAAUGCUGUUUUGUUUUCACUUUUUCUUAAACCGAGACCUUCUAAAAUAUUUUUAUUAAAAUAAAACAUGUGAAUUUGGGGGAUGCUUCUUUCCCCCUUUAUUGCAAUUGCUAAAACUGCAUCUCACCUGCAGAGAUUAUGGCUUUAUUUGAUUUCAUCCGCAGGUCAAGUAAAAUGUGUUUCUUUAAAAAAGUGGUGAUUAAAUUCCUCCGUGGGAGAGAAAAACUCUCUAAAUUUCCCUUUUUCCCAAUGAGUGGUUUUUGUUGCCCAGCUGGGAAGCGCAGGUUCGAAUCCUUUCAAAGCAUUUGCUAAAAUUGCGGCUUACCGCUUUACUCGUUACAUCGCCCAGAAUGCCGCUGCAAGUCUGGUUGCUGCUCUAAGUCCAUAAAAAAUUUGAUAAAUUUGAAAGGGUCAAAAUGACUAGUGGAAACCUUGUUUGAAUUUUACUUUAUUAAGCUUUACAAAAGAAUCCUUUUUAGGUCCUGAGGAAUGUAAUUGCCGAUGUAACGACGUCAUGCUCAAAGCCAUAAUUGGGGUUCUUGCCUUCAUAAUCUUUCUUCUAAUAAUUUACAUAAUCUGGCAACACUGGAAAGGUAAGAAACAGUUUAUUUUCUAUGUUAGGGAGUUUGGCUACAAAAUUCAUUAAAGACAAGAGAAAUAUUAGAACCACGUCCAUAUCAUCUGCCUUUUUUACUAUUGUUAUUUUUCAGGCGCCGUAGGGAAACAGAGGUAAGAAUUUGCUGCCACUUGGAUUGUGUCGAUGAAAUACGCCAGACCUGAAAAAUAUCGCAAAAAACUGAAAAAUAUUUUUGGCUGAACGAUUGUGAAUAUAUGCCGAAAACCAUUUAUUUGAACUGCGGAUUAAUAGUAAACAAUAAAAAUUUCUCUGUUGGCUAUGAAUAAUCGUAUGCUUUCUCAAAUGUAGGAGUUAUGAGGAUGACAGAGGUGUUUACGAUGUAAGUAAAAGCUGAGAUAUUGAGGUCAUUAGUGUGCGACGAGAAACUCUCCAACUUUACUUCUCUUUUCUUUAGGAAAAUAAGCGCUUGCAGUAAAUGAAAAGAAAAAAUGAGGGUUUUUGUUAAAAACACUUGUUAAAUCAGUGGCAGAUACAAAAUAGUAGCAGAGGCCUCCUGAGAGGAUAGAGCCGUUUUUCCUGGGAUCAAUUCCUUUACCAAGCUGGAUUUGUAUUCGGUUGUUCCGCGUUCAACUCCUUGGCUGCGCAUGCGCUUCAUAGAUAACCACACGGUUUGCACUCGGUUAACAUUUUCCUUCCAAAUAAUUGUUCUUGAGCUCUUUUUGCCGCCCUAUUCUCUCGGUGACCUAAACAUUAAUCAGUAGUUAAGGGAUUGGGGCGGAGGAGUGAGCACGGCUAUGGUUUUUUCAGGUGUGUAUUUCCCCAAGAAUUCCACUUCCAAUCGACAAUCCUUAUUUUGCCGUUCGUAGUUUCGGCGAACAUGCUAUAAACCUGGAUUAUUCCGUUGGCCAUGAAAGUUUUAAUAACAGAGAACAUUAUGUUUUGUCACAGUAAAAUAAAGGAAGAACAUAAACGUUAGUCAUAUCGAAAUCGGUCAACUAUAUUACUGUAUUAUUAAAGAUCAUAUCACCAGGUAUGAUCUUCAUUGGGAUUGAUCACAGUUUUAUGUGUGUAUACCUAAACGGGCGUGUUGGUUCAAUAGAACGGAAUAGGUUUGGACAAUAUCGAACUAAGCCAGCCCGACUCGAAAAAAGACGCCCAGCCACCUGCGGAGUACAUGGAUCUCAUAGAAGCCAGCAAAGAUGGGAGAAAAGCAGAAAGUGCCGCUCCAGUUCCUGAUUAUGCGCAUCUUCAUCCAUCAACACGAUCUUGGGAAGUUCCGAGACAUCAUGUUACAAUAGAAAAAGAAAUUGGUAAGGGUGCUUUUGGUCAGGUUGCCAAGGGAACAGCAGUAGGACUUCGAGGGAGGCGCGAAACGACCGCAGUGGCCAUUAAGAUGCUUAAAUGUGAGCUCAUAUACUAACUUUAAAUAUUUUCCUUUUUUCUGUUAUUGUCAUGAUUUUGUUUAAAUUGAAUGGAAGUUUCAGUUGCCGGUCAUUGAGGAAAUGGAAACUGGUCUAAAUUUAGGUUUGCUCAGCUCUUUGCUAUUUGAUUUCUCGUGUUGUUAUGUGAGCACUUUUAAUAUUACUCGUGAAGAAAUUUCCACUCCAUACUUUCAACUCUUUAGCGAACGCCAUUGAAUCGGACAAGAGCGAUUUGAUGAAUGAACUGGAAACAAUGAAGCAACUGGAACCACAUCCUCACGUUAUCAAACUUCUGGGAUGUGUUACUGAAUCUGGUAUGCGUUGUUGGUGUGUUUUUCUUCGUCACCUAUUUUCUUUAUGAUCUACUCUGUAACAGUAUCUCAUAGAUGAUAACAGGCCAUUUUACAGUGUGUACUUAGUUGCCAAGCCUUUGAUUUGAAGUGAGGCUGAAGUUGACCAUGUUACGAUAGAGACCAGUAUCUAGUUAGCAUGAUAACAAAGUAAUUUGCAUUUGAAAAGCAGCAAGGUUUGUAUCAUACCAAGGUCACCCUUAGCCUCACUCCUGUUCAAAAUGGACUAUUUGCUCCAGUAACAGUGCCACUCCAUUUGAGCAGAGCAAGUAAGCAUCGCUAGCCGUAACUUUUGAGUAAAAAAGACACUCCUGGACUUUCUAAUAGACUGAAAUCGAGAUAGAGAGAAUAUUUGCGACUGAACCGACCAGUCUGACGCAAAAACAGAGACGAUUACCUUAUAAGGUAUAAUUUAACAAUAUUUUCUUAAGGAACCGUAAUUUAAUUUUCCAUCCAUUCUUCUUAAAAUUCUAUGAACUCCGAUUCUUGUGCUUUCCUUGAAGAAUGGUGACGGUGACCUGUUACUUAUCUAUCAAAAUUUUUAGAUAGAUUUUUAUUUUAGCGUGUUUAAUUUCUUCAGAACCACUGUUGGUUUUAAUUGAAUAUGUGCCUUUUGGGGAUCUACUGGGUUACCUGAGAAAGAGCCGUGGAUUAAAAGACACUUACUACAAAGACCCGGAUAUCAAACCCCAAACAAAUCUGACGUCACAGCAGCUAAUGAAGUUUGCUUGGCAAAUUGCUGAUGGAAUGAGUUACUUGUCCUCAAAAUCUGUAAGUUAAUUAAAAACAAAAAAGACAAACUUUAUUCUAAAAUAUUCUUGUAAGGUGUAUCGUCAUGUUAAGCUCUCUCUUGCAUAGAAUAUUAUGUCUUCACAAGUUCACGCUCGGGAGAUGGAAACGUAUUCUUACUGUCUUUUUGAGGCUAUUUCUUUAGUGCCGGGAACCCUCCCAAUUCUCACGCAAUCAUCAAAGUUUUAUUUCAAUGUGUGAAUGGCGAUAUUUGUGCAUUGUUCCAAGUGCACCCCAUCGAAAUAAAAUCUCCGGGUUUCUCUCGUAUAGGCCAAGGCAGAGAUGGGAAUAAAGAGGAUCUUGCGAGAUAUUCAGCCUAAACUGGAGUAUAUAACAAAUUCCCAUUUAUGUCUCAAGGAAGAAAAGGAGUUAAAACUUGAAAUUUCAAAAAUUCGUCUUAAGUCGCUAACUGUUACACUACAGAAUCCUAUUUCGAUUAAAACGUUCUAUGAAAUAACUGCGUAUUGCAGAAUAAAAGUAGUUUGCGUCUCUUUGGAGUAUGGAGCACUUAUAGUAAUUUUAAUUUUCUGCCAUCUGGAAGACGAAGGAAUACGCCCACCACAUCAUGUUGCUAGACAUUUCUAUUUCCCUGUAUGAAACAUUUCCUUCAGUUCUUUCCUUCUGCAGUCGCUAAUUUUUGUUGUGGCAUCAAUUCUUUCCUAGAUCAUUCACCGAGACCUUGCAGCCCGUAAUGUGUUGGUUGGACAAAAGGAAACGUGUAAAGUGACAGACUUCGGUAUGGCUAGAGAUGUGCAGCUGGAAAAUAUUUAUGAACGAAAGACUAAGGUAAUAAAGAACGAAGGGAAGUGGAGACGGUACUACAUAUCGUUCAGUUUAGUGACCUUUCACAAUCAUUGUUGUGGUAGGACUAAUAUAUUCCUGAAUCCGAUCAUGAGAUCCUUGAAUGGGACCCAAAUAAAAAUAUCAGUCAUGCGUAUACGGGUAGAACUUUAAAUAUCACUGUGUUUGACUAGUCACUUCCUAUAAUGUUUUAGCUGUUUCACAAAGUUAUAUUUAAAAUCUUUAGGGCCGUCUUCCCGUGAAGUGGACAGCUUAUGAGGCUUUGUUGUAUGGUAAAUAUACCACCAAAAGUGACGUGUAAGUAUACCCGAUUAUUACCCGUAGCAAUUUUCCAACAAGUUUUAUCAAUUUUAAUCAAGGCAUGAAUUCUAUGCUUUGUCAAAGAAUACAUAUAUUUUAGUUGUCGUAUAUACUGUUUAUGUCAAUAAUCACCUAAUUUAUAAUCGUUUGAUUCGUCCUUCUGCAGAUGGAGUUAUGGAGUUUUGCUGUACGAGAUUUUCACCAUAGGUAACAUCGAAUGGAAGUUUAUGAGGCUCUGUAGCUGUGUUUUGCUAUAUACCAUGUUUAAUGAAAUAAUGUAUCUUGUUCAGUUGGACAAACGAAUGUAAUGAGGUUCCCCAUGCAACCUCAAACUCCAUCAAAUGGUACAGGUGAUGUUUCAGUGACGGUCGUUUUUUCAACACAUUUAUAUUUCGAUGGUCUUGCGGUUCUUCCAGGCGGUUCACCUUACCCACGAAUGGAUGGAAGAAAAAUUGCAAACUUACUUCAGGAUGGAUACAGGAUGCCUAAACCACAACAUGUAGAUGAAAAAUUGUAAGUUUUCGUUUUCAACCCGUUCUCUCUCAUCAUGCAAGGAAACGUCUUUAAAUCGCUAACAGAUUAUUUGAACAAUACCAGGUAUCAGAUGAUGUUGAAAUGCUGGAAGAAUGACCCAGAUGCAAGACCAACUUUUGCUGAAUUGAAAAAUCAGCUUAAGGACAUGGAAAUCCUGCACAAGGUCAGAAUUUUGAUCAACAUGAAAGUUUAUUUUCACGUAAGACCGACUGGCUAAGGCUCAGCUAUUAGUGUUUUAAAAUACAGCAUGAAGCCUAGAUAACGUAGUAAUAUGAACUCAUCUCUGUAAUUUUUACGAAGUUAGGAUUGUAUCUUUUUGCUAUGUAACUGAAGCUAGCACCCCACGAAACACAGCGUAGAAUCGAACUAGAAUGUCUAUAUGACAACUGACACUUUAUGGUUACUUAAAAGGAUGAUUGCAAAAACUGCAUUGAGACGCACAAAGAGUAGCAGACGAUGACGCCAUAAAAUCAUUGUACUUUCUCCUAGAAUUCGUUUUGGUGUGAAAAGCUGACCAUUAGUGAAGAUAAUCUCUUCUAACGUAAGAGAAACACUUUUUUCAUGAUGCUGGUUAUUAUGUUAUUUUUCUCUGCAGAAGCUGAUCAACAUGACAUUGUACGACGAGCAGUUGUAUGCAAACGUCGAGGAUUUAAAAGUGUAGUUAGAUACACGUCCGCGGUGUAUGACUGGUUAACAGUUUGAACAUUUUGCCACAACGAAGUUUCAGGGAUAAAUCAUCUUUUCCUUACACGCUUACUUGAUAGAAAUAUCCAUGUUGUGUUAAGCAGUUAGGCUGGAACUUUGUAAUUUAAUUGAUUUUAUAUUCUUAGACGCUGAAACGCUUUCAUAAGUUUACCGAUAAAGUAUACUCUCAUUUUCUCUUCAACAUGUUUAGUACUUACGCAUGCGCUCGACACAAGCGUUUGUGUUCAGUUUAUUUUCUGGCUCAAUUCUGAAAGGCAGUACAGCGUGGAGAAAAAAUCCAAUUUACCAGAUUGACGAAUUUAAGUAAAUUGCUAAAAAAAAUUGUUUUGCCGCGAAACCCCCUUGUUUGCAGGAAACACGCAACACUUUGGUCUUUCGUCGCUCGUUUUCCUUUUCUUUCGUCGCCUGACAAGUAAUGAAAAAGCAAUGAGCUGCUUGUAAUCAAACAACAUGCAGAGGAUGACACAUGACAUACGAGUCUUAUCUUUAAGUGUUGCAUGUAACACGGUUACCACGGCAAC